GUCACGUGACAGGGGUGAGCUGCGGGGUUAGUGGCAGGAAACCGUGCGGCUGUGGAGAGGAACCCGGCGGUGUGGGGUUCGAUUCCCACCCCGAAAUGGAUGAAAUCACCAUUUCAUGUCUCUUUCCCGAGAUCUUAGCGAUGAUCUUCAGCCACCUAGACGUCCGGGACAGAGGUAGAGCGGCGCAGGUGUGUAGGAGAUGGCGGGACGCCGCGUACUCCAGGUCUGUGUGGAGAGGCGUCGAGGCGAGGUUACAUCUCCGUCGGGCCAACCCGUCUUUGUUCCCGAGCCUCGUCUCCCGCGGAAUCCGUAAGGUUCAAAUACUGUCCCUUCGUAGGAGCCUGAGCUACGUGGUUCAAGGUAUGUCCAACAUCGUGUCGCUGAACUUGAGCGGGUGCUACAACCUCACAGACAUCGGACUGAGCCACGCGUUCACCCAGGACGUGCCGAGCCUGACGGAACUCAACCUGAGUUUGUGUAAACAGAUCACCGAUUCCAGUCUAGGACGCAUUGCUCAGUACCUCAAAAACCUGGAGCGGUUAGACUUGGGGGGUUGUUGUAAUAUCACUAACACUGGAUUGUUACUGUGUGCCUGGGGACUGCUGAAACUCAGGUAUCUCAACCUGAGAAGUUGUAGACACAUCUCAGACGUUGGCAUCGGACAUUUGUCAGGCAUGAGCAAGAACGCGGCGGAGGGGUGUCUGCACUUGGAACAUUUGUGCCUGCAAGACUGUCAAAAACUCACGGACUUGGCACUCAAGCAUGUCUCAAAGGGUCUGCAGAGAUUGAAAUGUCUGAACCUGAGUUUCUGUUGCGGGAUCUCAGACGGAGGCAUGAUGUACCUUGCCAAGAUGAGCAGCCUUAAGGAGCUGAACCUGCGCAGCUGUGACAACAUCUCCGACAUCGGGAUCGCACAUCUGGCGGACGGGAGCGCCACAGUCUCCCACCUCGAUGUCUCAUUCUGUGAUAAGGUUGGUGACUCAGCUCUGGGCCACAUUGCCCACGGACUGUUCCACCUGAAGAGCCUCAGCCUGGGGUCCUGCAACAUCAGCGACGAGGGGUUGAACAGGAUGGUACGGUCCAUGCACGAACUGACAACCCUGGACAUUGGGCAGUGUUACAAGAUAACGGACAAGGGCCUGGGACUCAUAGCCGAUAACCUGACACAGCUCACUAACAUAGACUUGUACGGCUGCACCAAGAUCACCACUGCUGGUCUGGAGAGGAUCAUGCAGCUCCCCAGGUUAAGUGUCCUGAACCUCGGCCUCUGGCACAGGUCAAGCUCUAGAUGAAGGGUCAAACAGCAGAGAUUUCUAUCAUAAACAUCACAGUACAGGCUGUAAUCCUAACUCAACCAGAGCCAAGAGUCUCUCUCUUAGGCUGAUAGGUCACAAUACCGUCAUGGUUGCAAGUUGCUUGGAAAGUAGGAGCAGGGUCAAGCUACAGGGUCAAGGGUCAGGAGAUGUCAUAGGUCACUAAAAAUGGAACAUGCGUUUCACUAACAUUGUAGUUCCCAACAAACACCUACUAGGAAACUGCAGUGCAUUUGACCAAAGGUCACAAUCAGGGAGGAAAAUGUGUAACAAACAUCAGUGCUUUGGUUGAGAUCAUGGUAGGCAGGACAAAUAGACUGACCCAGCUCAGUAAGGUCCCAGUAAACAACACAGGACUGACCCCCCCUCUCCAGGUUUGGUAUGUUUGCAAACAGGUACCAGCCUAUACAACUGUAGGUAGGAAUGCAGACACCCCAGCCAUACAGAGUCUAUGUCUUUAUACAGACUAGGGUAGACAGUAGGUACAACAACAAGGUAUGGCAGUCAUCAUUUAGGCUAGAGGGACAAGCACACAGAAAAACUACAAAGCAAUAACUAUUGUUAGAGUGCCAACAAAGUGGCUUGGAAACACUGAUUAUUAUUCAGGGCUUGUACACAGUCUUAACCCGGCCUAAUGUACUUAAAGAUUGGGACAGAAGGAAAAUAUUCUGCCCGUGUCAGUUGCCUUGGAAUUGUGCAAACACAACUCAGUGACCUGUCUGCCUGGUGGAAAGAAUGUAUUGAUCCUGGUUUGCUGUCUACUUGUAUUACAAGUACAGAAUUGAAGAUACGACAGCUGGUGUUUUGAACUGUAUGACUCAGCAAUGUAGCUGUCAGGUUGGUUUUGGAGUGGUAGGAGGCAUGGAGAAUACACAGACUUGUGGAUAUGACUAUGUAUGUAAAUUGAGAGCUAAUGAAUAAAAAAGAGACUAUCGUGUAACGAACUCAGGUUUAGACAGAACCCAGAUGUACAGUUGAACAUGACAAUUAAAUAUCUCACCCUGGAAAGCCAGGAAAAUACA